ACAGUAGCCCUUGAUCAAAUAGUCUCAGAUAAGUAUCGCCGCAACGAAAUCGGUGGUUACUUAAUAAAAUUUUUCUACCUUCUGGAAGAAGACGUUGAGACCUGUGGAGCCAUAAGUUUUGUAAUUCCAUGUCUCUCUGGUUCUCCUUCUCCUUUGUGCGAAAACAACAAUGUUGAGUAGAAGUUUGAGUGGAAUGAUCAAAUACAUUUUGAGAAGGGACAUCAAUUCAAGAGAAUUAUGGAGAAGAUGUAUGUCCAGUGAGCCGAGGAAGAGAUUUGCGGCUUUGUGGGGCAAUGGAGAUUAUGGAAGAUUAGGUUUAGGAAGCUUGGAAUCUCAGUGGAGGCCUGUCCCUGUCGUUUGUUCCGCAUUUGAGAAUAAUUGCGUUAAAGCCAUCGCUUGUGGUGGCGCUCAUACCCUCUUCUUAACUGAUAAUGGCCGCGUUUAUGCUACCGGUCUUAAUGAUUUUGGACAGCUCGGCAUAUCAGAAAAUACAAGUUAUUCUUUAGAGCCAAUUGAAGUGUCUGGACUUGAGAAGAAGGUUGAUCAAAUCUCAACUGGUUAUUAUCAUUCAGCUGCCAUUACAGUGGAUGGGGAGCUCUACAUUUGGGGAAAGAACUCCAAUGGACAGCUUGGUCUUGGAAAAAAUGCGGCUAAAGUAGUUCCUGUUCCAACAAAAAUUGGUUGCUUGAGUGGAAUCUUCAUCAAACAUGUAGCUUUGGGUUCUGAGCACUCAGUUGCUGUUACUGAUGGAGGAGAGGUUUUAAGUUGGGGAGGAGGAGGGUCUGGAAGACUUGGUCAUGGCCACAAAUCAAGCAUUUUAGGGUUCUUAAGCAGCUCCAGUGAAUAUACACCGAGACUUAUCAAGGAACUUGAGAAGGUCAAGGUUAAAAAUGUUGCUGCUGGACUUCUGCAUACGGCAUGCAUUGAUGAAACAGGCUGUGUCUUUAUAUUUGGUGAGAGAGCAGCAGCUAAAAUGGUCUUUCAAGACACAAAAAAUGCAACAACACCAUCCAUGAUUAGCAAGCUACCAUAUGCAGAGGAAGUCGCAUGUGGUGGUUAUCACACAUGUGUUGUGACAAGUGGUGGGGAUUUAUACACUUGGGGCUCCAAUGAGAAUGGCUGUCUUGGUAUUGGUACUAUAGACUCCUUUCAUUCACCUGAAAGAGUUCAAGGUCCUUUUUCAAGAUCAUCUGUUUACAAGGUCUCUUGUGGCUGGAAGCAUACAGCAGCAAUAUCUGAAGGCAAUGUCUUCACCUGGGGCUGGGGUGGUUCUCAUGGAACAUUCUCUGAAGAUGGGCACUCGUCCGGUGGACAAUUGGGUCAUGGAAAUGAUGUUGAUUUCAUAAAACCUAAAAUGGUAAACUUUGGAAAUAAUGUGAAAGCAUUGCAAGUAUCUUGUGGAUUCAAUCACACAGGAGCAGUACUUGAAUAUGCCUAAUUUGGAAUGGUAGUAAGUUCCGGCUGCAGGAAAAUAAUUCAGCUCUUUUAAACAAGGCCUGGUUAUGGAGGACAUGAGAUUCAGAAUCUUCUUGAUGUGAGUAGCACAUAUCUCUGUGUUAAUCAUAUCAAUCAAAGCAUUUGCAUUUAUCUAUACAAUAAAGAUCCAAUCAUACAAGCUUUUACAUGCCAAGUAUUUGAAAGCAAAGGCAGUGGAGAAUGUCUUGAUUCUAAUUUAUAAGAUGAAAACUCACUCGUUAUAGUUGAGGAUUACUCUCCGCCUAUACUGAAACUCUGCAUCACAAAUAUUUGGACAGUAUAGCAUUAAUUAAUGAUGAUACUAUGAAUGAUUUGUUUUUUGAUA